ACUUUGUUUUAGUCCAAAAUGAGGAGAACGACACCAUACUAGAUCUCAAAGCUUCUCUUCACUUUGCUGACCGGGGCAGGCUUUGUUCAGCUGACUGAGUCGUUUAGUGUUCAUCAGUUAAAGGCUUAAAGUUAAACGACAUGCCCGUUGCCCCAUCAUGCUGGCUCUGUCUUGAGCUUUGAGUUAAAAAAAUUAUUUUUUAUUUUUUUUUCUUAAAAAAGAAAAGAAGAAACUACCCAAGAGUCAAGACUUGAUCUUCUCUCUCUCGCGCUUUCUACUGUUCAAAAUCAAUACUUUAUUAUUAUUAUUAUCUGUUAUAUGUAUAUAUAUAAAUCUACAAUUUUUUUUUUGUUUUCCUGGUUUGCUUGCUUGCUUGCCACUUGAAACAUACUUUGCUCUGUUGUGUUUACUGAGAACGAGGCCUUUUGUUUUUUGAAGAGAGAGAAGAAAGGAACUCUCUUUAUCUCUCUCUCUCUCUCUCUCUCUCUCUCUCUCUCUCUCUCUCUCUCUCUUUCUUUCUCUCUUUCUCUAUGUCUGCCGCAUUGUCUUGUUCUAUAUAGAAUCUAAUCUCACUUCCACGCAUUAAAGUAUUGUCUCUCUUUCUCUUUCUUUCUAGUCAUCGUUGGCUUCAUAUUUUCCGGUUUUGGGUCUGUUAGGCCAACACUUUAGCUCAUUAUUAACCGAAGCUAUAGCUAAGCUACCUAUAGAGAACACUCCACAAACCAAACCCAAAUACCAGAGCAACCAAACCCCAUUUCUUAUUUGCUCUUCUUUCAGAGUUUGGAGCCAUGUUUUUGAGUCAUAACAACAGCUAAAAGUAGAAAAAGGUUGUGCUUAGAAGUGAGAGUUGUUCUCAUUCUGAAGAAGCUCUUUUCAAAGUGGUAAGAGGGUGAACCAAGAAAUUGGAGAAGGGUUGGAAUUCUUUGGAGGAUUUUGAAGCAGAACCCAGUUGCCCAAAUACUGCAAAUAAUACUUGGUCUUGAGCUGUAUGAAGUAAAAGAGAAACAAUGAGAGAUGGGAGUUCCAAGAAAAGCAAGCUCUCAUGGUCAAAGAAAAUGGUCAGAAAGUGGUUCAACAUCAAGAGCAAGAAUGAGGAGUUUCAGGCUGAUGAUGUUUAUGGAGGAGGUAAUGUUGAAUACAGGACUAGCUUCACUGAGAGGGAGGCCCGCACAAUCAAGAAGAGCAAGACAGAAAAGUUUACCAAGGGCACUGAGCCGGUCCGGCGAACUAGAAUGAAUCUAGAUCAUCCUCGAAUUUUUGAUGUGCAAAACCAUAGCAUUUUUGUUGCUACUUGGAAUGUGGCUGGAAGAUCUCCCCCGAAUAACUUAAAUCUAGAUGAGUGGCUUCAUGCUGCACCUCCUGCUGACAUUUAUGUUCUUGGAUUUCAGGAGAUAGUUCCACUAAAUGCUGGUAAUGUUCUUGGUGCGGAAGACAACGGUCCUGCCAAGAAAUGGCUUGCUCUUAUCCGGAAAACUCUUAACAAUCUUCCUGGGACCAGUGGGGGGAGUGGCUGCUAUACACCUUCUCCAAUUCCACAGCCUGUUGUAGAACAAAAUGCUGAUUUCGAGGGAUCAGCAAGGCAGAAAAACUCAUCUUUCUUUCAUCGCCGUUCAUUCCAAACAACUAAUAGUUGGAGAAUGGAUGGUGAUUCCUCGAUCCCACAACCGCGACUUGAUCGGCGGUUCAGUGUUUGUGAUAGGGUGAUCUUUGGUAACAGGUCUAGUGAUUAUAGCCACAGGCCAAGUGAUUACAGCCACAGACCGAGUGAUUACAGCCACAGGCCCAGCGAUUGCAGUCAUAGGCCAAGUGAUUACAGGCCAAGUGAUUACAGCCACAGGCCAAGUGAUUAUAGCCACAGACCAAGUGAUUACAGUCACAGGCCAAGUGAUUAUAGUCAUAGACCAAGUGAUUACAGUCACAGGCCAAGUGACUUUGAAUCUAGUUACAGAUGGGGUCAUCGGCCAAGUGACUAUUCCAGGCCCAGUGACUAUUCCAGAUGGGGUUCAUCUGAUGAUGACAAUGGAGCUGGUGAUUCACCAAGUACUGUGUUACAUUCUCCAAUGUCCUAUGGCUAUGGUGGAUCUGCAUCUAAUGAGGAGGGAUAUAGGAAAAGAGGGCAUUCAAGAUACUGCUUAGUUGCAAGCAAACAAAUGGUUGGAAUUUUUCUCACUGUUUGGGUCAGGAGUGAAUUGAGGGAUCAUGUUCGAAACAUGAAAGUAUCUUGUGUUGGAAGAGGAUUAAUGGGUUACCUCGGAAACAAGGGAUCCAUUUCAAUCAGCAUGUCACUGCACCAAACAACCUUUUGCUUUGUUUGUAGUCAUUUAACCUCUGGAGAGAAAGAGGGUGAUGAACUAAGAAGGAAUUCUGAUGUCAUGGAAAUUCUUAGAAAGACAAGGUUUCCUCGGGUCCACAGCUCAGGCGAUGAGAAGUCUCCUGAGACUAUCCUUGACCAUGAUCGAGUCAUUUGGCUUGGAGAUUUGAACUAUCGAAUCGCACUCUCUUAUCGCUCUGCAAAGGCCCUAGUUGAGAUGCAGAAUUGGAGGGCAUUGUUAGAAAGAGACCAGUUAAGAAUAGAGCAAAGACGGGGCCGUGUUUUUGCAGGAUGGAGUGAAGGGAAGAUUUACUUUCCCCCAACAUACAAGUAUUCUACUAAUUCAGACAGAUAUGCUGGGGAUGAUAUGCAUCCAAAAGAGAAACGGCGAACACCUGCUUGGUGUGAUCGUAUUUUGUGGCAUGGAGAAGGGCUACAUCAGUUAUCAUAUGUCCGCGGAGAAUCACGAUUCUCAGAUCACAGACCAGUUUAUGGCAUGUUUUGGGCUGAGGUUGUAUCCAGCCAUAACCGUUUGAAGAAAAGCAUGAGCUGCUCUGGUUCCAGAAUUGAGGUGGAGGAGCUGCUUCCAUAUUCACAUGGAUAUACUGAACUUAGCUUUUUCUAAAAGAUGACAUUCAGAAUUUUGUCCCACAUUGAAUAUACAUCCAAGCUGGAAUCACUUUGUUGAAUUAUUAAAUUAUUUUUAUUAUUAUUCAUCUCAAGGGCGAUUGAGACAUUCCGUUGCCCACAUACCGAAAAAGGUGUUAAUUUGGUCUCCUCUUCUAACUAUAAUGUCACAUUGUACAUUUAAUCAUCCUAACUCUAUGACCUAUAUCCCAGAGAAAAAAAAAAGAAAAGAAAUAUUAAUCAGUACGGAGAAUAAUUAGGUAACCCAUUUGACAUACACACAGCCUUUCUGACAUAUCUCAAAGUUACUUACAAGUGUUUUUUGGCUCAUGUCCUACUCAAAUGAUUAGGAUAUGAAACUAAUGCAAUUAUGAACACUUCAUGCCUAGUGGAGAGGAAGAAGAUUUUGUUUGAUUCACUAUUCUUUAUUUGUUUGGAAAUAUAUAUAUGUAUUUAUAUAUCUAGCUAAGUCGAAAAGUUUGGUCACAAUAAUUAUUUGUAUACUUGUUAAUUUUUUCUGUUUUCAAAUGCAUAGGAAAUAUUUGAAGAGAGUACCCAGUUAACAAAAGUAAUUAGUGACAAUGAAAAAAAAAAUAUAAAGAAGAUGAAGUUCAUGAUAGAAGAAAUCUGAACACCCUCUUACUCAGUCUUGUUGGUUUCAAAUGAUUAAUGUACUGGCAAAAGUUGGUUUUUAUUCCUUUAUUAUUGUUAUUCAUUUCAACUGUUCCCCA